AUGGCUUCCCAACGUAUAUUUAGCUCAGUUGCCUUACGAACAAACGUAACGUUUACAUUUUCUAAUACCUUGAGAGCAAGGUCGAGUUUAUUUAUACGACAGAAUUAUCGUUUUGCACAACCACGAUAUUAUACAACUCCUUUUGAAAAGUUUGUUGAGACAAUAAAAGAACAAGUACAAAAGAACAAAGAGCUUCAGCAAAAUGUGAAAUUAUUACAAGAUCAGGCAGGACAAUUUGGAGAAUCUGACGCAUUACGAAAAGCUAAAGAAGUUUAUACGAAAGCUAAAGAAGGCGCAGAAAAUACCACAACCCUGGGAUCAGAGAAACUUAAAAAGUCCAUGGAUGAAAUUAAAAAAUCUGCCGAGAAGAUCGGAUCAACUGUAUCGGAAACGAUCGAUAAAGUUGGUGAAACUCCAUUUGUCAAAGAUAGUAAAGAAAAGAUUUCUCAAUUUUCUGAAAAAGUAUCCACCACAACUGAACCAAUAAGACAAACAAAGGUUUACACAAACAUUCGUGAUUCUUUGAAGGAAACUGUCGGUAACGAUUCGAUGAUUUACGGUGGGUUCGUUGACAAGGAGACAAGGAGAAAGAUGAAAGAGGAGGCCAUAAAAUCAAAUAUUGGAUCAAGGAGAGUAGUUGAAACAGAUCCAGAAGCUGGAUCAUCUAUAGUACUGCACAAAGACUCUGCAUGGAAGGAAAGUUGGAAAAAGUUUAAAGAUACCAAUCCAAUUGUUCAAGGAAUUUUUAGUAUCAAAAGGAAUUAUGAGGACAGCGAUAAUACGUUUAUUGCAUAUACUAGAGCUUUCACUGAUCGUAUUUCGAGUACGCUGGGAUCGAUUUUUGAGGAAAACGAAACAGCUCAAGCUAUAUCACAGUUAAGAAUGAUCGAUCCGCGGUUUAAUUUAGAAGAGUUUAUGAAAGAAGCAAGAGAAUAUAUUAUUCCUGAAUUAAUGGAAGCGCAUUUAAAAGGAGAUACAAGCACGUUAAAAGAAUGGUGUUCUGAAGCGACAUUUAGUGUUUUAACUCAUGGUAUCCAAGCACAAAUACAACAAGGUCUCAUAAGUGAUUCAAGAAUUCUUGAUAUAAGAGAUGUAGAGUUGGCGACAGCCAAAAUUCUAGAGAACGGUAUUCCAGUAUUAGUUAUGUCUUUUAAUACUCAAGAAGUAGUCUUAUUUCGUGAUCGAAUAACAAAUGAAAUAGUAUAUGGACGUGAAGAUCAAAUUGACUACAAUUCAUAUGCUUGUGCAAUGACAAAACAGGAAGAUACUUUGGCAGAUCCAGUAACUAACGGAUGGAGAGUUAUAGAUAUUGCAAAACAACGUUCACAAUUAUUAUGGUAG